UAUUUUUUAAAUUAGUAUAUUAUUUAUAAUGGAAUUUUAUUCGUUGAUUUUAAUGUCUAUUGCCAUUGUUAUAUUGAAACUAGGCGAAUCAGAAUGUUUAGAUUAUCGUAAAGAUUACAUAAAUUAUACUAAAAAAAUUGUCGGUUACAUUUAUUUUCAUAUUGGAUCGAAUGAAAUGCGAUAUCUUAAAUUUAAACAAGAUUCACAUUAUACUAUUAAUAUAGAAAAAGCAUUUCAAUCAGACACAACCAUGACUAAUUUCAAAGCUGACUAUUCUUAUACAAUAAGUGUACUGAAUUACAAAUAUACUGAAAUACUAAAAAAAUUCCUCGAAUACGUAGAUAUUAUUCUUCAUAAAUGUAAGCAAUUUCAUGAUAAUAAUUUUACCGAAAAUUUUAUUUCUUGUGUAACAUCACUCGCAGAAGAAGUGAAAAAUUCCAAGACUAUGUUUGAAAAUCUUUACAAUGCUACGAAGUUUAUAAGCUACAUAGAUGUAAGAUUUGUGUUUAGAUCCAUUGUACCAAAUGUUAUAAUUGAUGAAAUCGAAUUUUUUAAACAAUAUAUCUUACAACAAAUAUCAGAGACUAGUCCUUUUGAUCUCAAUAGCUUACCAAAUCUUAAAGACACUGAAGAGAAAUUUAAGAAAUUAAAUGAAUUUUAUACAGAAGCAUUAGAAAAAGUAAACAAUAUAUUUCAAAAUAGUAAUAUCAUCAACACUUCUAUAGAAACUAAUUCGAUAACAAAUCAAAUUAAGGAAUGCUCUAAUGAAAACGACUCUUACUUAGUGUAUUUAACAUGUAGUAAACUUAAUUCAUUUUACAUCGAAACUAUAGAACUUUGGUACAAAAACCUUGGCUUUGAAAUAUUUCUCAGCCCCAAGAUACCUGAACUUAAACCACCAAAAUAUCGAGAAAUAAUACAAAAUGAUGGAAUUAAAGCUCUCAAUAUUUUUCGUCAGGAAUCUGGAUGGAAAAAAAUGAAUUACAUAAAUAUAAUUUAUAAUAAUAAACAACUCAACGUAGAUUGUAUGAUAAAAGACGAAAUAAAUCACAUAAAUUUUCAAAUAAAAAAAGAACAUUUUUUACAAUUACUAAGAUGUAGGUUUACAGAAAUAAUUAAAAAUAUCUACGUAUUGUUAUCUGCUAUACUGCAUAUAUGCUAUACAGAUGCAAUGCAUUUUAAAUACAGUUGUUUGGUAGAAUUAUUUGACUCAUUCAAUAAAUCCAUAAAAAUGUUUGAAGGACUGAAUACAGCUUUGAUUACUUUAAAUAAAUUUUUAAUAUGGGAUGAUAGAGUCAAAUCACAUUCAAGUUUAGAGAAAAUUUUGAAAUGGGUUGAAUGUUUUCUCUGUUUAUUAAAGAACAAUGACUUUUCAAACGAUCAGCAGGGUAAGAAACAACCCGAGAAGAUUGAAACACUAGAGAAAAUAUUUCUAAGUUUUCGAUAUAGUUUCUAUAUGGACUUAAAUAUCGAGUUGACUAACAUGAACGGGCGUUGUAUUAUGACAAAACCUUUUUAUGAUAAAUUCAAAAUAAUAAAUUCAUUAAAAAAUUUAGUAAACACAGUGAAUAAUCACAAUUUAUUACAGUCAACACAAAUUUAUCUUAAUGCGUGUAAUUUGUUUGAAAUUUUUUGUGAAAAAGUUCACACAUUUUUUUGCGAAGAUCUGGGUUUCAACAAAGUUUACAGUCUUAUCAACAGUUAAAAAAACAGAAUUAUUUAAGUUAUUGUAGAUUAGACGGAUUUUUUAUUUAUUUGAACUUUAUUAUAUAGUAAAUAGCAAGUCAUAAACAGUUAAUUUAAAUAGUAGAUUUUAUAAAAACUUUGUUUUAUUAUUGUUAAUUAUUUAUUAUGAUAUUUUAAACAUAAUAUUUAUAAAUCAUCUCUGAAAUAUAUGUUUUUGUAAAUUUAC